AUGAAUUGUGUCGGUGUUAAUCUUCGGGGAAUCGGCAAAGAUUACAAAACCGAAUGGGUAAGAAGACUUAAAAUUCAGAAUGACAUAUCAUUCUUGGGUAUACAAGAAACGCAAUUGACUAAUGUCAAUAAUAUUAAUGUAGCGGGCUGUUGGGACCAAAGUGACUUUGGAUACGUCGCGAUGAAAUCGGAGGGUAGAUCUGGCGGAUUGCUCAGUAUGUGGGAUUCACAAAAAUAUACGGUAGUUGAAACAUUAAAAUCAAGACAUUUCAUCAUCACCAUAGGAAACUGGAGCGGAAUCACAGUAUCAACGAUUUUUUCUAACAUAUAUGGGCCGCAUUUCCCUCGAGAAAAGAAGAAACUAUGGGAUGAUCUGUUAAAAAUCAAAAUGGAGAAAAUGGGAGUCUGGAUAGUCCUUGGCGAUUUUAACACUGUACGGAGACAAGAUGAGAGGUAUAAUUCACAAUUCUAUAACUCUUCAGCAUAUUGGUUUAACAGAUUCAGAGGCGAAGCGCAAUUACAUGAACCGAGGAUGGGAGGUCAUCAAUAUACAUACUUUUGUCAAACUAAAGUCAAAAUGAGUAAAUUAGAUAGAUUCCUAAUUUGCCCCACAUUAUUGAACUAUUUUCCUGCGACCACAAUAACUGCUUUGCCUAGGGAGAUUUCAGAUCACUGCCCUAUCUUGUUGAGAACCACUACAGAGGCUGAUUUUGGAAAAACACCCUUCAAAUUCUUCAACUCAUGGAUGAACCGUGAUGGAUAUGAUGAGGUUGUUAGCAGGGCAUGGUCCAGUUUUGUUGGAUAUGGUGCUCCUGAUGCUUACCUUGCUGCGAAAUUAAAGAAUUUAAAAAACGAGUUGAAGAAAUGGAGAGCCAUAGACCAUCCCAAAGAAGUCAUGGAACUAAAGACACUCAAACUAAAGUUACAGGAAAUUGAUGAGAAAAUUGAAGAACAGUGUGCAGUCGAUGGGGAUGAAAAUUCACGCUUCUUUCAUGGAUUUGUCAACAACAGAAAGAGGAAAAAUCACAUUAAUGGUUUGGUGAUAAAUGGUUCCUGGAACACAAGUGUGGAAGAUAUAAGACAGGAGGUUUUGAACUUUUACAAGGACAAGUUCAAGGAGAAAUGGGUUUCCCGCCCUAAAUUUAUUAGCCCAAAGUUCAGAAAAUUAGACUUGAUGAAUAUCGAGCAUCUAGAGGACCCAUUCACAUUAGAAGAAAUAAAACGUGCAGUCUGGUCAUGCGGAAAAGAUAAAGCACUUGGCCUAGAUGGAAUUAAUUUUAACUUCAUUAAAAGGCACUGGUCGAUUGUUAAGGGAGAUAUAUUCGAAGCCAUUCGACACUUUGAGAAAUAUGGAACAAUUAGCAGGGGAUGUAAUUCUUCCUUUGUUACACUAAUACCUAAAGUGAAUGACCCUAUAAAACUUGGAGACUAUCGCCUAAUUAGUCUCAUUGGAUGCUUUUACAAAAUAAUUUCCAUGACACUCGCCAAUAGACUGAAGAAAACAAUUGGGCUGAAUAUCAGGGAGGAGCAGUCGGCUUAUGUCGAAGGGAGAAGUAUUCAAGAUGGUCCCAUGAUUGUCAAUGAGUUAUGCUCAUGGGCAAAGAAGGUGAAACGAAAGAUUUUGCACUUUAAGGUUGAUUUCGACUAG